UUCUCUCCCUGUCUGUCUGUCUCUCUCCCAUCCUUUAUAUUUCUCUCUCUCUCUCUCUCUCUCUCUCCCUGUCUCUCUUUCUCAUCCUUAAUCCUUCUCUCUUUCUCUCUCUUUCUCUGUCUCUCUCUCUUUCAUCCUUAAUCUUUCUCUCUCUUUCUCUCUCUCACUCUCUCAUCCUUAAUCUUUCUCUCCUUUUCUCUCUCUCUCUCCCUGUCUUUCUGUCUUUCUCAUCCUUAAUCUUUCUCUCUCUGCCUCUCGCUCUCUGUCUCUCUAUUUAUCUGUCUAUCUCUAUCUCUCUCUUGCUCAUUCUUUCUUUCUCUCUCUCUCCCCCUCACUCUUUCUAUUUAUCUGUCUAUCUACCGUUCACUCAUCCUUUCCAUCUCUCUCUCUCUCUCUCUCUCUCUCUAUUCCAGUCGAUUACAAAACAUCACUGGUCUGAAUAUAAUUAUUGACAGAAUUAAAACACACCAAAACCCAAAUGGAGAACCAGAUCUGAAGAAAACUGAUAUGUUUAUCCAUGGUCUUAAAAUGAAUUCUAACGAAGUUCUUGAAGCAAGAGAUUUAUUGAGGUUAAUCGAUUACAACACUGCCCAUCUAGUUGGUAUUCUCAAUGAUUAUAACAUAAUUGAAAUAGUGCCUUCUUAUAUGCAACAAGGUGAAGACAGCGAAAUACGAGAUGCCAUGCUGGUGCUUAUAUUAAUAGCUUUUGUGUUACUAGUUGUGCUCUUUGUGAUAAUAACACUAUUCUACAUCAGCAGACAAAAAUACAAACGAAAAUUAAAAGCUGCAAGAAAUGAAAACUUCAUAUGGUGUUGGGACGACGACAAUACUAGGCUGGUGGGGCAUCUACCGCUCCCUGUUGUCGCAGGUUUAUUUCCCCUUGCUGCUGUUGAACCUUCUAUUAUGACACCAACUGGUAGAGAGUCACCAAUAUUAGCCCACCAGGCUAACGAAAUCCCUAAAGGAGAGAUUCCAGGAACGAACCAACAUACAGUAGAAAAAGGUAGCUCAUUGGAAAAUUAUGAUAUCAACUCCAGACAGACUCAUGUUGGGUAUGAUGAGCAGGAACUCUCCGUCGAUAUGUACAAUGAUGAAGUAGAUUUUACAACUAAAACUCCAGUUUCUGUGCUCAGUUCUUCCGAUGUUUUGCUUGAUACCACACUCAGGGAACAUGAAGCUUCCAAGAACACCAGAAACAAGCACUCAACAUUCUAUGGAGAUCUUCCCGCUUAUCCAUAUGUAAAUGGCACCGCCAUUCUUUCACCACAGAAUUUAGAACAUUUAAACACAACUGAUAUAUGAAAGACAUUUUAUAAAACCCCAUCUACAAAAUUAUGUGAAGAAAUUUAUUAAGUUGAAAAUCCCCCAAAUAUAAAAAAGGUUAAAAAAAAUUAUAUAUAUAUAUAUAAUAAUAUAUACAAAGAGACAUGUUUCAUUUUCAAAUGCACAAAUGACGAAGCUGGUGAAUGGCAAACGACUUUUUAAGGAAAAAAAAAUCCUUUUUUUUCUCUCCCCCCAAAAGAUGUCUUUCACUUUGUUCUCGGAUUAACUAAGUGAAUUUGAUAUGCAUUUAAAAAUACUAUUACCAUUAUCUAUUGUCUCCUGGCUGAGACGACUCAGAUGGCUUGGUGCUGGCUUGAGAUUAUGGACACAGAAACAGAAGCAAGACGCAAAGAUUAUUGAAAAACAAACAAUAGAAUAGCGAUGGGUCGGGUGGGGAGAGUAUAAAUUCUCAAAAGAUACAUUUAGUAAAUAUAAUUCAUAGAAAUAUUCCAUCGUUAGUUUCGGGUGAAGAAAAUGGCGGUAUCGAGUUUGACUUUCUUCUUUUAUUUUUUUUUUCAUUAUUAUUAUUAUGAUUUUCCUCUUCACUUCUGUCAGUACACAUGAAUUAAAAAAAAAAAAAAACUAAAACCCAACUGGAACAUCUCAUCACCGUAACAUGA